AUGUUAGCGUUCAGUUUUGGAAAGUUAGAUGCCCAGUAUAACGAAAGUGACACCUAUGUAAAUGAUGACAAUACCUCUAGUAAUGUCACACAACUGAUUUCAACAAGUUUACAUUUGACACGGCUAGUGGUACAGACGUAUUUGGUGCCUAUUGUAGUCGCGUUCGGCCUGGUCGGGAACCUAUUAAACAUUUUGGUGCUGGUUAACCCUAAAAUGCGAUCGUCAACAAAUGUUUAUCUCUUGUCUUUAGCCGUCUGCAAUUCUUUAUACCUACUAUCGAACGUCCAAACCAAUGGUCAAUCCGCUAGCAUGGAUUUUAUCCGAAUUGCUGGUAACAUUUGUAAUUUUUUGGUGCAAGUAAACGCUUCAGUGAACUUUAUACUGUACUACUACUUUAGUUCCAAAUUUAGAAGGACUCUCAAGACGCUGGUCUGCAGAUGUUACGAUUCAAGAAUGAAAACUAUACAUACAAGGUCGUUUGCAGAAAGCUUUCAGGGACUGCUGUCAAGAUCUACCUUUAGAUUAACAGUGACGGCAGCGUCUUCUAUAAAACCCAGGAAAUCUGAAUAUAAUAGCUCGUUGGGAUGUACUAGUACGUGCCCUAUUCAAAUUAUGGCUUGGCUGGAUUAUUAAAAGCUACGCUUGAUGUAUAUGCGUGUGUUCUUUAAAUUAAUGUAGUUAUGUUAUAAAUAAUCCGAAGGUAUUUUCAUAUCAAUUAUUUUGGCAACAAUGAUGUAAAAACGUUUGCAAUUUAAUCUCUGUCACCUAAUACCUACUGAUGAAAUAUCCUGCGUUCGACGGGAUAAACAUAUCUCUCGAAAUUGAAAUUGACGUACAGUAUUCUAUUGUUUGUAAAAUAAGUUCGUUAUUUAAACAGUUUAAACAAUUAGUAAAUUCAAUAUUGUACGAAUAUUGUGCGAACACUUAAUGUUAUUAUAAUUAAUAGAAGAAAUAGCAGCGUCAAAAAUAUAACUUAUUUUAAAUUCAAAUUUGUACGCAUAUAGCAUUUGAAUUCUGAAAUCUUAAAUUUUAAGACGAAUAGAAAUGUACGAAAAAUA